AAUCAUCAGGAUAGCGAGAGCAUGAGGUGAAAUCGCAAAUCAAUCACCACGCCGCAACCCCACGCAAAUCCAUCGAUCUGAGCACGGAGCCCAUCUCCAGAGACCCCAUUAAGACUGGCACCACAUCCGUUUUCUCGAGAAACGGAUGUCGCGAUCGUACUAUUAUGAGUGAGGUUGGGGUUGCCGACCGCUCACGGCUUUUGCGAUCAAAACGAGCCGAACUCAGUGGAAUUGUUACAUCGCGCAAGAGGAAGCUUCGCGAGUUCUUUGCUGUUUGCGACAAUGACGGGCCCAUUCCCCAGAUCAAUCUCUCGAACGUUGACGCGCCGCCCACCAACGCUGCGGAGGCGCACUUCCUUGAAGUCACAGACAUCCUACAAGAUCGACUCUUCGAUGAAUCAAACCUUCCAACGCGUCGACAAUUAAGGUCGGAUACAUUGAAACAGCGAUCUCCUAUCCGGAAAGCAAGCCCUGAUGCCCGCCCUGCUGAUGCGUCGCGAAAGGCGGCCAAGGUACAGCGUGAUGGGUCGAGAUCGAGGAAGAGUCGAGCGACCACACCCAGUGCACGGAGCGAUGGAGGGAAAUCUACGACCGCAGAGCAGAAUGAGACAGAUAGCCAAGCUGUCCAAGCACCACCUAUGUCAAGAUCAGCCUCGAAGGGCUCGCAGACCGAUCUUCCAGCAGAAGCAGCGGCCGUUUUGGACGAGAUAGUUGAGGAGACUUUCGAGAAUGCGACGCAACGUGACCCCUCGAUGCCAGACGAGAUUGUACAUGCGAAGGACCUGGAAAGUGACAGGAUACGGACCGUAUUGCAAAGCAGGCCGAACAGUCCUGGGGUGGAUCCACGUCAAGCAUUACCAAUAUCUGCUGAGGAUGCUGCUAACCUGCCAGAACCCAUCGUUGACGGACUGGGCUCGCAUGAUGGACAACACAAGGCCAGGACUGCGCAUCUACCGUCCAAGGAAGUCCAAGAACAACAUCUUCGGGAAGCACACGAGGCACGCGAGAAGAGAGAAGACCAAGCACAUUUGUCUAUCAAUCUUCCUCGAGAUGGGGCCCGAAUUGCCGAAGCUCUAUCCUCUCCAGGGUCAACUGUUGAUGCCCACUCUGCUACGACACCUGCCAUGCACGAGGCCUCGACCGAUACCAGUCCUGAUAACGAAAGUCGAUAUGAUGCCGAGAGAAUGGAAACCCAAGAGGAAGAACCCAAAACACCGCCAGAACUACGACCAUCACCGGAGAAGGUUGCUGAGAAGGCGGAACAUGAUCGGAUACUGGAGGCACAAAUGGAAAUUGCCCGCAAUGAAAUAUUCAAGAGCAGUCCUGGUGCUGUUCAUGAGGAUCAAGAAAUGGAAGAGCAGCCAACCGCUCUUGCCAUGGAGGAUCAACAAAUGGUCGAUGAUUCACAACCUGAAGCGGAUGCUGAAGUGAAUGAUGAAGCGGAUACUGACCAACUCACCAAGGAAGCCAGCGAGAUCGUCCACGAUACGGCCGAGGACGAAGAUGAAGUUGUUGGUGUACCUACCUCUGAGGAGGAGGAAACCCCUGAAGUGGAAGCAUUACCCAAGGAGUCAGAAGCCAAAGAGCCAGAAGUGCCAGAUUCGGAGGCAGAAGACCAGACUCCCCCAGUUGAUGAAAUGGAGGUGGAUACGACUACGGUGAAGGAUUCAUUUGAGAGCAGUGCUGGACUCGAGAGUCAACCUGCAACAUCUCCACCUGCACCCGAACCAGCUGAACCAGCUGAACCAGCAGUGAGGCCAGAAGUUGAACCAAAGAAAACAUCAGUCACUCCUGCAGCAUCAACACCUCGAAGGGCACCUUCUACACCUGCCCCGGCUCCUCCAACAUUGGAACGGAUGACCACGAGAGUUGCUUCUGGUGCGAUGAGACACAAGUCUGUAUCCGAAAUUCUGGGAGAAACACCGAAGCCGAGCACCUCGAGUUCAGAAAAGAGUCCAGCAAAAGAGGAUUCACAGACUGGAAACUCUCACUCUCCUUCACGGAGCACAACUCCUCAAUCUCCUGGAACCCGAAUACGAAGUUUGGCAGAAAAGGAAAAGGCACGAAGUAAGCUUUCAACGGUUAUUUUCCCAGGAAAGCCACCAAAGCCUUCUCAAAAUGCUGUUGCAGCAAGCGGGCCAAAACCAGCCGAAUCAUCGAAGCAGGACUACUUUAUGCCAUUAUUCCUCGCUACUGCUUCUGAUUCCAAGCGGGGUGUCCCACCAUUGGACGCUUUACUGGCGUCUGCUCACAAGACCAUCACCACCGCAAAUGCCUACGUUCCCAUUCACGAGAACCAAACAGCAAAGGUGCUCAAACGAAUCUACAAUCUUCAAUCCUCAAACAAAUGGUCAUUGAGGCAGCCCAAGCGUGCCCCGGAACCAGUCAGAGCGACCUCACAUUGGGACGUCGUUCUUCAAGAAGCCAAAUGGAUGCGAACAGACUUCCGAGAGGAAAGGAAAUGGAAGAUGACGGUUGCUAGAAAUCUGGCCUAUGCUUGUGCCGAAUGGGUUGAUUCCAGUGUGGAGGACCAGAAGCUAUUACAAGUUAAGGUAGCUCCACCGAAACCUGCAGCAGAUAUCGAGAUGGUCGAAGCUUCAAUUCAAGACCAUCCAACCCCUGACCUGGUUGCUUCUGGAGAAUUCGAUUCGCCGAUGGACGACCUAGAUGAGGAACCUCGCCUCAAUUUGAUGGAGACUGUUUCUCCUACCGCUAUCUUUGCUCUUCAAGACGACGAUGUUGUCUUUGGGCUGAGACGAUCACCUACCACCGACAAAUUACUGGACGAGCUACCAAUGUACGGUGCUCCCCUUCGAAUACCACAGUCAGACCUUCCCACCUCGGAUCUCGAUCCUGAUAGGAUGUGGAGACGGGAAGCUUUGCCCCUGAGCAAGUACGUCGAAGGCAGAUUGGAACUUAAAUAUGAGGGUCCACCCAGGAAAAGGAGUCGAUUCGAAUAUGAAGAAGAAGAUGAGGAUGAAGAUCAAAUCGUCUUUGGUGAGGAAGGGCGGGGGCCGAAGAAACCGAUCCUCCCCCCAGAGAAGACAGACGUUGCAUUGUUCAACCCGGAACACAAACACAUUCGCGAACGCAUCCACAACUCACACCAGUUCCGACCGCCAUCCGAGUUCCCCAUGCCGCUUCAAAGUUUCUUCGAACAUCGCGCUCCUUCGCAAUGGACUUGGAGCGAAGACGACGAACUCAAGGCUCAUGUUCGGGAGUUCUCCUACAACUGGUCACUCAUCUCCAGCAUGCUUCAGAGCAAAUCUCUCUACACCUCUGGCGCUGAACGUCGAACUCCUUGGGAAUGCUUCGAGCGAUGGAUACAUCUUGAGGGCUUACCUGCUGACAUGGUCAAGACGCAUUACUUCAGAGCUUACACGCAACGCAUCGAGACAGCCAACCGCAUCGUCAUGGCUCAAGCCCAACAGAUGCCACAGCAACCCAACGCUAACAGCCAAGUACAGCCACCUCCGAGGAGAAGACCCACUACCAGCGUUCGAGUUGAACGCCGUAGGAACCAGAAACACCUCACCCUUGUUGAUGCAAUGAGAAAACUGGCCAAGAAGCGUGAGACCAAUGCACAGAAGCAACAGCAUGCCCAAGGCAUGGCUGCAAUGCGAAAGGCAAAUGAGGUUCCCCAACAAGCUGCGAACCGCAAUGGUGGUGGACAUACCCCCCAGGACUUCAGUCGCAUGAAGGCCGAGCGCGACGAGGUUAUGAAGGAGCGCAUGGCUGAGCUCCAGCGGCGGCAGGAGGCGAACAGAAGAUUACAAAGGAAUGCCGCCCAAAACCCACAGCAGGCAGGUCUACCGAAUGGCGUGCCUCAACAGCGCGCCGGAGGAGCUCUAGCCCCGAAUGGCGCUCCUGUUGCUACCGGUCAAAAUCUUACAGUUCCUGGUCAAAACCGACCUCCUCGCCCCAUGCCCCCUCAAAUGCCUGGUCAACCGAUGCAGAAUGGCAUCCGUGUUCCCCAGAUUCCUCUCAAUGGCGUUCCUCAAGCACCGAUGCAAGGCCAAAUGCCUCUGCCGAAUCCAGCUCUCGAUGUGGGUCUCGUCACUCGCGCUCAUCAAAUAUCACAACAUCAACAAGCAAUCUUACGACAACAACAAGGUCAAAUCCCAGGCCAAUCUCCUCAAAUGCACAAUUCCCCUCCUCGAAUGAACGGCAUGCCAGCACCAGGCUUCCCAUUGCAAAACGGCAUGAUGCCGCCUUUCAACCCCAACGUCAACGGUGCCUCCUCAUCUUCACCUGGCGGUCACGCCCCUUCACCCGGCCAAGCCGGCUCCCCACGAAUGGGCCAAAAUCAGCUUCAACAUCCCAACGGCGUGUCUCACGUCCAAAUCCUCGAGCACCAGAUCAAGGCCAAAUACCCACAAGCUACCCAGGAGCAAGUCAUGCGCAUGAUUUCCGACCAGCUUGCAAAAUCCGUUCAUCAGCAACAACAGAGACAAGGUAUUGCGCAAAGUGCAAUGAAUGCUGCAGCGGGUGGAGCGGCGAUGAAUGGGAUGGGUCCAGCUGGACAAGGGACACCGCAGCUCUAUGCGCAGAUGCUGCGACAACAGCAGGAAAAUCAACAGAAGCAGCAGCAGGCGGCACAACAGGCUGCUGCGGUGGCCAAUUCGGGGAAUGGGACGGGCAAUGCGGGGCAGGGUCAUGCUCAUAGAGGGAGCUCGGGCAGCGUGCAGAGUGGGAAGUGAGAAGCCGUUCCUCGGAUGAGAACAGCAUAAGAUAUAGGUUUGAGUUGGGAUGGAGUUCCUUGUUGUAUUCUCUUGGGAGAAGAGCAAUUGUUAUAGAGUAGAUUCGGGUUUGGGUCGCUGUACCGAUGGUACAGUGCGGUUACGUUUCAGCGGGUGCAUAAUUGCUGGAUUGGGAUGGGAAGGAGGGGAGUCGAUGGAUUGCGCUUGGAAUGCAAGCAAUGCACAUAUAUUAAUACUGAACGCUCGUCCACUCGUGAGAAAAGAAAAGAAAACCUUCACUCG